AUGUCGGAAAGCACUCGCAGCCUGACCCCCGCGGCCCGGAGUCUUGCGCCCUCCGACCUGCCGCCACGCAAGAUCCGCCUACGAAUCGUCGCACCCACACCCUCGCUCCAAUUCCUCGCGCCGUUCAGCCACGACGAUCCGGACUGCUUUGCCAGCCUGCAGCGCUUCGUCCACGCACAGCUCAUCAAGCGCGCACGAGAUGCUGACGAGAGGAGCGAGCUGGAGAACGGGGGAUGGGAGGAGUUGGCGUUCGAAAUCGACGGAUUCGACGUCCCUUUUGACGACCCCGAUAUCUUGCGCGACGGCGACACGCUCCAUGUGCGUCUGCACGCGAUCCAGCCGCAGCACGACGAAGAAGAGGAGGACGACGUCGAGGAAGACGACGACGAGGAAGACGAGGCGGAGGAUUUGGAGCGCGGGAUGGUGGACGAAGACGAGCGUCACGCCGUGCUGGAAGCUGCACGAGUGGCGGCCAUGCUGCGUGCCGGCUUGCAUCGGAUGCCCACCGACGACGACGAGGCAGCGCGAUCGACAGGCGAACCAAGCGAUCUACCGCGCAUGCCUGGCGCCAUCGCCCCCAUGACAAGACGCAUCCCAUCCAAGGCUUCGGCCAAGCAGAGCGCAGUGCCACCGCUGCCGAGCAUGCCCUUGCCGCCUAGCUCGACCGGUGGUGGGGCAGCAGCUGCAAUAGCAGCGUUCGAAGCGCGCCGAAAGCAGAUGCAACGGCGCACCGCCACAUCCGACUCUGACUCUGACUCGGAUUCCGAGAGCAGCACAUCGUCCAGCGGUAGUCCCUCAUCGGACUCCUCCGACUCAUCGGACUCUUCCGACUCAGGAACUUUGGACUCUUCCUCUUCCUCUUCCUCUUGUUCGGAUUCUUCCGACUCCUCGUCGAGCAGCUCGUCUCCUUCGGAAGAGGCGACGAUUUCGCACCGCGCCACCCCUGGCACUGGCACUGUCACUGGCACUGGCACUGGCACUGGGACUACUGAUGCGCUUGUUCCGCCUGGGCAGGGCACAUCACGCACAAAGCGGCGCAACCAGAUGCGACGACUCAAGCAGCAGCUGUCGCGCCACGCCACGAGCAACGGUUCGGGCAAUGACUCUGCAUGGGUGGACGACCGCACGCCCGCCUACCGUAUCGAGCGCACAGCUGUGCAGCCCGCGCCUGUGCACACAGCCGAGAUGCCACCUGGAGCGGGCGCAUUGGGCAUCGAUGACUGCGCUCCUCGAAAGCGCAAACGCGACGCGACGCCAGACACUCCGGGGGUGGGCGUUCGCCAUAUCGACUGCGAUGCGUACUACGAUUCCCAGCUGACCACGCUGCAAGCCCGUCCCUCGCAGCCUGCCGACGAUGUGGAAGGCGUUGCAAAGCGCGUAAAGCUCGAGCCGGACGAGAUUGCUGCGCCUGCAUCGGGGGAGGUUGAGGCGGCAUGGACACGCGUUUAUGCAAUCACACCUGCCCAGCUCUCGCGCUUCGCCGAUGGGGCCGUGGCAACCAUGGACACGUUGAAGGUGGGUGUGCCCCUGGUGGUAAGGCAGCUGGCACUGCAUCCACACACCCGCUCACCCGCCAACCUGCUUCAUGCCGCAGUAGUAUCGUCCGUCGCCAAUUCCCACAUCCAGGUCCAAAUCAAAGGCCCCUUCCUCGACGACGAUACACAAUGGCCCGACUCGCCCACGGAAUCAGCAGUGUGGACCCAAUCCAACCUUCCUCUCGCUUGGCACAUCUAA